AUGCCAGACCUUUUACUACAGACUGCUCUACAUCCUCAUCUACACGGACAUGGGCAUAGGUCGUCGCCUGCCUCUCCGUCCACCGCUUGUACGACGGGGUGUAGCUUUGGGAAUCAUCACCACGAACCAUCUCAAACUCCGAGCGCUUCCAGUAGUCAUCCAAACCUCCUGAGUGGUGCCUCGUCGUUGUCGUCUACAGGCAAUGACAUCAACUCCGCUCAACUUGCCGACCUUAUCGCCCACUAUGGCACCUCAAGUUCAAUUGCUUGGUUAGACAGGGAAAGGUACAAGAUCUGGCGACCUUCUCAGCCGAUCCUGGAGUCCGACUUUAUACCCGUUCAAGGCUAUCUUCGAAAAGACCCGUUUGUCUUCGCAUGGGGCAACCCGCUCGUCUCGUCUCCAGCUGCCCUCGAGAAAACUGCUCGGGCGUUCAUAGCGUUCGCCGAAGCAAACCACCUCCGUCCGGUCUGGUCCUGCGUUGAUCACGACCUGGAGGCGAUUCUAUCAGGUGACGCCCUGGGCUGGGCAACCGUGUCCUGCAUCUACGAAGACGUCAUAGACCCGGGUCACAUCGUCGAGUUGGCUGGUAUGGAGAAGGACAAGGAAGGCGGGCAUUCCAUCCGCGAUCUUCGAAGGAAUUUACAUCGGGCGGAGGAGGAGCAAGUUGACGUGCACGAGGUGAAACGAGGAGAUUGGAGCGACAAAGACAAAGAAGCGGUCGAGGCUGGCAUCAGGGAGUGGAAGGCGCAUAGGCAUGGGAUGAAGUUGGACCCGAUGACUCUCGAGCCGUGGGUCGACGAGUCGCAUAGGAGAUAUUGGAUUGCAAAGCAGAAGGACAAGGUCGUUGGGGUCGAAAUCCUUGCUCGAACAGGUCCGCUAUCAUGGCAGAUCGUUAAAUGCAUCACAUUCCAUCACGCCCCGAAAGGAACGUCCGAAUCGCUCAUACACGCAGCACUCAAAGAUCUUCACUUGGAAAAUCAAUAUGCGACUGAAACAUUGCCGACCAUUGUUGCACCCGAAGACACUUCUGCCUCAGAGACCACGGAGACACCCGCAGAAUCGCGGAAGAACAGGGUUACGGUGUCAUUCGGAAUUACAGCUGCUGAUCAUCUCGAACCCGGGCACAACGUGGGCGGUUGGAAAGUGACUGUGCUGGGCAAAACGUAUCAAGCAGUCUCCGGCAUCGUUGGAUUAAUCAAGAUGGGGCAGUACAGGAACAAAUUCCUGGCAAUGCAUGAGCCGAUGUUCGUUUGCUAUCCUGCAAAUGGUUUUGGGCUCAUCGCAGUAGGGGCAUUACUGAUGGCGUUGCGUCACUGA